GACCGUUGUGGGAAAUCACACGAUAACGUCGAGAAUUCGUCGUCGGUAUUUUGCCUCUUAUCGUCGCGGGAGAUGGCCUGAACGGCGCCUGAUAGUCGCCGUUUCAAAAUUUCGACGAUGCAUCUUGGAAAAUGUGAGCUGGCACAUGCUGACGUACAUGGGAAAUCCCACGAAUUUAUUUAUUCGCGAUGCGUCUCAUAUCUGCCGGUUCAUAAGGUUGGCGAACACGACACAUCUCUCUUUCUUACGAAGUAACGGGGUCGACCGGACGGCGGAAGGAAUGCCAUCGUCGUCGACGACGAUGACGACGAGAUGCACCACCACCUUCAGUGAUGACGAGCUCGAAAAGUGGAACGGGGGAGGAAGGGAGGGACGGCAGCGUGUUGCGCGCGUGGUGGGAGCGGAGGAGAGAGCGUAGCCCGUUUCUGCCGUCGAGGGGCGUCAGUUCGGUGGCGUAAGCGGAGGCGGGGGUCCAGAAUCAUCGGGGCUUAGGCCGUCCCGGGACCGCUUACGCGCCGAACACGCGGUCCGCGCGGCAUUACGUCGCGCACCGCCGACCGCGACUGACGUUUGAUGCCGGAGUUGAUCGUCGCCCCACCGAUUGUCGACUGCGAUCAUGACGCGGCCUGCCGCGGUUGAAGGAAACGUCAGUGGGUGUUAUGUAGGAAAAGUGCGCCGUUUACCCGAGUGUAACGCCGCGUGACGUUAAUAUCGGAUUCGUGGAAUCGACGUCUGGACCUGUCGUCACAUUGGCAACAACCUGUCGGAUUAGAAAUCGCGAUCAAAUGAUAUAGUGCCGCAGGCAAUUGAGUGUUCCGAGAAAGAGAGAGAGGGAGAUUGGAACACGCGGUGACAACUAUUAACCGAUCGUUGAAUAAACUACUGAUAGACAGUGACAAAUGUACUUUAAAUCGCCGGACUCUCUACGGUCACGCGUCGCGUAAGAAAGUGCAACGGUACAUCGCGAGAAAACAGCUGCCGCGUCGGAUCAUGAGACAAAACCGGAAUCGGUGAUUCCGCGGUAUCGAGAUUCCCGUCUGUAACUAUGACGAUCUUGCGAUCGAUGAUGAGAAUCGAUGCAAUCGUCGAGGAAGAACUGAUUGGUUACGUACGGCGUGAAACGCGCCGGGGAUACGUUUGCCGGGCAGGCUGGUAGCGUGGGACGCGAAGUCGCCUUCGUCGGCGAAAAUUGUAAGUGAAAUCACGACGUCCCAGCCGGGGAUUACGUCCUUGAGCGACGUGGGGCGGCUACUGGCCGAUGGGAUGCAUCUACCGGUGGGUUCCGUGGGCUGCGGGGAGAAUUACGGCACCGUUGGAUCCCACGAAGGCGCCGGCCCGUGCGGUCCCUCCCUGGCGCCGCUGCAAGGUGUAAACAGCAGGUACCACCAGGUAGACGACGCCGACGUCGGAGGUGGAGGCGGCGAGAUGAGCGAGAGUGCCGCCGUCGGCGAGCUAUGGUGGACCGAAAGACUCGUCGGCGAAGCGCAGGCCGAACAUCCUGGAGAACUGGUCAGGACAGGAUCACCGUACUUUUUAUGCAGUCAACUGCCAACGCAUUGGCGAUCCAACAAGACACUUCCAGUGGCGUUCAAAGUAGUUGCUCUUGGCGAAGUUGGCGACGGGACUCUGGUGACGGUCCGUGCGGGCAAUGACGAGAACUGUUGCGCGGAACUGCGAAACUCCACCGCGUUGAUGAAGAAUCAAGUCGCCAAGUUCAAUGACCUCAGAUUUGUCGGUAGAAGCGGUAGAGGAAAGAGUUUCAGCAUCACCAUUACCGUGUCGACAACGCCGCCCCAAGUGGCGACCUACACGAGGGCGAUUAAAGUAACAGUCGAUGGACCACGGGAGCCGCGAUCGAAAACGAGACAACAACAUCAGCAAUUCCGUGCGCUCGGCCUAGGACAAAGACCUUUCCUCGACGCGCCGACCUCGUUCAGGUCUCAUCUGCGAGAGCUCGAAUCUUUCGGGAGGAAUAAGCAUCACCAUCAUCACAGUAGCAGUCACUUACACGACCAGCAGACCGGCAACAAUGUCACCGCGAAUUCGGUUAGCGGUGCCUGCACCAACCCCAACAACACCGACCCGACCACAUCGCCGGCUUCCAGUACACACCUCGGGGCUACCGGCGGCUCCUCUGCUCAUCAGGAUUGCUACAAACGCAGUCCUCAACACGGCGAUACGGGCGUAGGUACCACGGAAUGGACUUAUCCACCCACAGCGCCGUCUUAUCCGGCUCCUCCAGUCAGCAGCAGCGGGUCCUAUUCCCCUUUGCCAGGCGGUGCGUUUUCGUAUCCAGGAGAAUCACUGUCGCAUCACCCGACGACGGAACCGGUACCGUUGCCAACGGUGCUUUCCUCGGAAAAUCAACAGGAUACCUACACGCCGAACUGCGUGCCCAUGUACUCGGGACACGGCACUUCGCCGACCACCUCGUUGCCGCUGGUGCCGACCAGGCCCAGCGACCCUGACAUCUUCGCCGGCGGUGGUACGGGCAAUGCGGGCAGUCCGGGUUAUCACUACGGUUCCUGGACACCUGGCCCGGCGACCCCGGUCCCGGUGGCCUCCCACAAUUACAAUCCCAAUUAUCAAGGUUACUAUAACAAUCCAAGUCAGAAUUACAUCACAGGUCCGACACCUAUGGUCCUCUAUCCUCAGCUCUACAGCACCGUCAAUCAGAAUCAGAUUCAUUUACAUCUGCAUGGCGAUCUGAGCGAGGAACAGGUCACCAUAGCUGGUGGCAAUCUCACCAUCAGUAGCAUCCGAGAGAUCGGCGUGCUCGGGGAAGAGAGCGAACAGAGGAACGAUGUAUGGAGACCAUAUUAAGAGAAGAGGUAUCUCUACUAACAUGAUUAUAUGAAAUCGCCGGCGACUUUAUCGUGCGUGAGUUUUUAUGCGAGUUUAUUGAUUAUGGCAAUAUAUAAUCUCUGGUUAGUGCAGUGACGACAUAUAAAUAUCGACGAACAAAGAUAGCAGAACAUACGUCAAUACAUUCUGGCAGGAAAAUGUGCGUGAGACAUUUCGUCAUUUGCUGUAUAUGAGACAGCCAAUUCUCUCAAACAUUCGUAAUCAUCCGCGCGAAUUAUUGCAAUUGUGUGAGAACUCUGUUGAAGUAAGCGAUAUCCGGUGUUUCGUAAUAGUGAUGAAAGUGAAAAUUAUUGACUCGUUCACGUGUCGAGUAUGUGAGAUAAAGUAAAGAAACUUUGGUUAAAAAAAUAUGCACCAUUUAUGAAAAAUCAACGAGCAGAUCGGAUAGAUCUCAUUAAUCGAAACAUGAGACUAAUCAGUGACUGAAUAAUUAUCACCUUAUUCGCUCGUUUUCGAUAUAAAAUCGAGUCGUGAGAAUGCUGUUUGAUUCUUGACGUUAGUCAAACGCUGUAACGCUUGUAAAUACACAAAUAUUUUCAGAAAUGAAAUAAAGUCUUGCCCGACAGGUUCCUAAAUCCUUUCACUUAAGGUUUUACAAAGAAAUUUCACGUCGAUAUCAAAGCUAAGG